AUGUCUGGGUCUUCAAAUGUCGUGUCUGGAGCUACCUCUGGAGCAUCAAAUGCGCGUAGAAGAGGUGGACGUUUUACUCCUAAUCCUUACAGGAGAUACUUUCGAUGUGCAUAUGCAGCAAAGAAGAGGCUGGAGAAUGAUGAUCAUAGAUUCAAAUGGAUAGAUGAGGCAAUAUUGGAGGAGUUAGAAUCGCUUGAAUGCAAAAAUGCAAGUAUUGAGCAGUAUGUGAAAGAGAUUGCAAGAGAGAGAUUGGUCGUUGAGAAGGAAGUUCUUGAUCGAGUUGAGGCACAAGUUCUUGAUCGAGUUGAGGCAGUACUGGCUGAAGAGAAAACAAAGAUGAAGAAAUUGAUGAUUGUCCUAGGCAUUGGAGGUGUGAUUUGUGUUGGGUCGAUGGUGCUUCUCUCGUUCAAGAAAUGGUGA